UCUUCACGCAGGCUCCUUUCCUAACUUCCGCAACCCGUUCCGUCAGUUCCUAGCUCCUAACUAAGGUUGUCCAAGUAAUCGCCUGUUUGGGUUUUUCUUUAUGUGCUUCUGGAGGCCCCAACAAGGCACAUGUAAUACAUAAAAAACAUUUUUCGUGCCUGUUAUCAUUAUUCUGGAUCCACCUUCUCUGAGGCAAAUGAAUUAAAAGUUCCCAGCCUUAGGUAUCCUGAGGCGAGGCGCGCUAUGGAUGCCCUAGUUAGGAAUGGGGCGAGGAAAGGUCCUAGGGUUUGGGUCCUUCCAGAGGGUGACAUUCAACCGGGAGCCUGCGGCCCUGAGUGAGUGAAAGACCAUCUUUACCAGCUUUGUGUUCUUUCGCUCCCCAUCGUCAUGGCCCAGCUGAUUCGUAAUGCAAUCGAGAAGGCCCCAACGCUGCUUAACGCUGCUGCAAAUUAUUCGAAGCCUCGAUUGGCUAUAUUUUGGCACUAUGCCAAGGUUGAGCUGAUUCCUCCAACUCCUGCUGAGAUCCCUGGAGCCAUUGAGGGCCUGAAAAAAAUAAUUGUAUCAGCUCGAACUGGUAGCUUCAGAAAUCUCACAGUUAAGGAAGCUGUGCUAAAUAGUUUGGUGGCCACUGAGGUGUGCAUGUGGUUUUACAUUGGCGAGAUCAUAGGCAAGGGUGGCAUCGUUGGAUAUGAUGUUUAAAGACCAACACUUAGCAUCCGAGUGUUUGAUUUAUCCUUUUUGUGUGUUUGUGGAACGGAUAUGCCUAGACUUCUAAAUAAAAGAAGGAAAUAAUGUAAA